GGAGACGACAAGAGAACUGUUAUCUUCAGCUUCCUUGUUUGCUCGAGCCGAACUGUCUACUAUAUAAGGCACUCGCAGCUGGCUUCAUUUCAUCUCCAUAUCAUUCAUCCCAUCACUGUUUUCAAUUCUUUCGUUUUCUCGUCUUGCGUUUACACCACCAAACUUCACUCCACAUCUAGGCAUCUCGCCAAGAUGGCGCCUACAACAGAAUCGCCCACUAACAUGCUGCCCUCUCAGACUUUCCCUGAUUACACAGAUCCAUAUCAGGAAUACAGCAUGACUGCCAUUUCCGCCAACCCCGUGGCUAACGUCAAGGCCACCGAGGCCAGCCGUGGUCCUUCUCCCCAGCCUACUCACUUCUCCGUUCCUCUGCAAAAUGGCAACGGCGGUAACGGCCACCGCAUUCUGCGAUCUGCCACCGUUGGCUACAUUGCCCCUGAGUUCACCGGCAAGCCCGAGCAGAAGAAGACUGUGAAGUCUAUCAUCUCAGCUGCUGGUUUCGUCCCCGAGCCUCAAAUUGAUGAGCAGAUCGAGUGGUUCUACGAGAAGCUUGGCAUCGAUGAUGUCUACUUCGAGCUUGAGACCCCCGAUGUCAUCUCCAGCCAUAUCACCUCUCUGUACGCCGCUAAGGUCGCUUCCUUCGCUCGCGAGGAUAAGCAGGAGGAGAUCCAACUGGAUAUGGAGGCUAAUGACCAUGCCAUCUACAUUGACACCAGCGUUGCUGGCAAGACAAACACUGCUGGUCCUCGCUACGAGGAACGCCUUGAGGCCAAGUACAUUGACCACCCCGGCUCCAGCAAAUACCGCGUUGAGACAUUCCGAUCUCCCGCUGUCGUGAGCCCUAGCUCCAAGGCAACUCUCCGAUGUUACUUCGUCUAUCAGUGCCAGUUUGCCACUCCUCCUGAGCAGACCAACCCCAAGGAGACCAACCUCGAGCUCAUUGCCGACAACGGCUUCCUCCGGAAGGCCACUGACAACACCAAGCAGAUCUACCAGGACAUCAUUGAGCUCGCCGUUAACCGAGCUGGUCCCGUCAUCGAGGUCUUCGAUAUUGAGAACACCGACGAGAAGCGAAUGGUCGUUGCCUUCCGCUCUCGCACCGCCCAGGGUCUCUUCUCUGCCCUCAGUGACCUUUACCACUACUAUGGCGUCACCUCAUCUCGAAAGUACCUCGAGCAGUUCUCCAACGGUAUCACCGUCAUGAGUGUCUACCUCCGACCUGCUUCUGACACUGUCCAGAGCACUGGACAGUUCCCUUCUCUUGAGGAGUCCAUUGACCAGAUUUCCAAGGAGGUUUCUCUCCUCUACUGUCUCCCCCACAACAAGUUCCACAACCUUUUCCUUGAUGGACAGCUCAGCCUUCAGGAAUCCGUCUACGCCCACUCCGCGUGGGUCUUCGUUCAGCACUUCCUGAACCGAUUGGGACCAGAGUACUCUACUCUUGCCGAGCUUUUGGAUGUUAAGAACAACGCUCAGCAGGCCCUCCUUUCUAACCUGAAGCGCCGUCUCCGUUCCGAGACCUUCACCCCUGAGUACAUCUAUGAGAUUAUUCAGAACUACCCCGGCCUCGUUCGUGCUCUUUACGCUUCUUUCGCCAACAUCCACCUUGUUAAGGACCAGGAGGACCCCGUGAAGGUCGUUUCCUCCAGCCUAUCCGUCGAGGUUCUCUCCGACGACGCUCUCAAGGACAAGAUCUCCAAGAACAUCAACAACGAGCACGAUGAGAUGGUUCUCACUGCUUUCCGUGUGUUCAACAACGCCAUCCUCAAGACCAACUACUUUACCCCCACCAAGGUCGCCCUGAGCUUCCGUCUUGACCCAUCUUUCCUCCCCGAGGUCGAGUACCCCAAGCCUCUCUAUGGCAUGUUCCUCGUCAUCAGCUCUGAGUCCCGAGGUUUCCACCUCCGAUUCAAGGAUAUCUCUCGUGGUGGUAUCCGAAUCGUCAAGUCUCGCAACAAGGAGGCUUACGGUAUCAACGCCCGCAGUAUCUUCGAUGAGAACUACGGUCUUGCCAGCACACAGCAGCGCAAGAACAAGGACAUUCCCGAGGGUGGCUCUAAGGGUGUUAUUCUGUUGGACCCCAAGCAGCAGAACCGUGCCCGUGAGGCUUUCGAGAAGUACAUUGAUAGUAUCCUUGACCUUCUCCUGCCCGCCGAGACCCCUGGUAUCAAGAACCCUAUUGUCGACCUUUACGGCAAGGAGGAGAUCAUCUUCAUGGGCCCUGAUGAGAACACCGCUGAGCUGGUCGACUGGGCUACUGAGCACGCUCGAUCCCGUGGCGCCCCUUGGUGGAAGUCUUUCUUCACUGGCAAGUCUCCCAAGCUUGGUGGUAUUCCUCACGACACCUACGGCAUGACCACUCUAUCCGUUCGUGAGUACGUCAAGGGUAUUUACCGAAAGCUAGAGCUUGACCCCUCUACCAUCCGCAAGAUGCAGACUGGUGGCCCGGAUGGUGACCUGGGCAGCAACGAGAUCAAGCUUGGUAACGAGAAGUACACUGCCAUUGUCGAUGGCUCUGGAGUUCUUGCUGACCCCAACGGUCUCGACCGUGACGAGCUUCUGCGCCUUGCCAACGGCCGCAAGAUGAUCAUCGAGUACGAUGUUUCCAAGCUGUCUCCCGAGGGUUACCGAGUUCUGUGCGACGACGUCAACAUCACUCUUCCCAACGGUGAGGUUAUCAACAACGGUACAUCGUUCCGUAACACCUUCCAUCUUCGUGACACUGGCAGUGUCGACUGCUUCGUCCCUUGCGGUGGUCGCCCCGCCUCCAUCGACCUCAUCUCGGUCAACCGUCUCAUCAAGGAUGGCAAGUGCAUCUUCCCUUACCUUGUUGAGGGAGCCAACCUCUUCAUUACCCAGGAGGCCAAGCUCCGCCUCGAGGCUGCUGGCUGCAUUCUGUACAAGGAUGCCUCUGCCAACAAAGGUGGUGUAACAUCGUCCUCCCUUGAGGUUCUUGCUUCUCUGUCUUUCGACGAUGAGGGCUUCGUUGAGAACAUGUGCCACAACGCCCAGGGCGAGGCUCCUCAGUUCUACCAGGACUAUGUCAAGCAGGUUCAGCUCAAGAUUCAGGAGAACGCCCGUCUUGAGUUUGAGGCUAUCUGGCGCGAGCACGAGCAGACAGGCACUCCCCGAUCUAUCCUCUCUGACAAGCUCUCCGUUGCCAUUACCGAUCUCGAUGAGAAGCUCCAGCACUCCGACCUCUGGGACAACGAGAAGAUCCGCCGAUCUGUUCUUCAAGAUGCUCUGCCACGUCUUCUCCUCGAGAAGAUUGGUCUCGACACUUUGAUCGCUCGCAUUCCCGACUCCUACCUCCGAAGCAUCUUCGGCUCCUACCUUGCCAGCCGAUUCGUGUACGAGUUCGGCAGCAACCCCAGCCAGUUUGCCUUCUACGACUUUAUGUCUAAGCGUAUGGCCCAGAUCGCCAACUAAAAAGUUGAUUGCAUAAAACGGUGUUGAAGCGUAUGAUUUGAUUUGUUUACAAGCAUAGCAUUAUUUGUUUUCUCUGAUGAGAGAUGAGCAUUGUCACGGUGUGUUUGCAAUAUUUGGGACGGCCCUGGCAUGGGCCUAAUGAAUGGGCCAAGGUUAAAGAAAAGUCAGAAAAGACUAUGUUUAUUUAGUCGAUAUUAAUCAAGAUUUUGAAGUUCAUAUUUUUUAUUUCCGUCAUUAGUGACUUUACCUGGUGAGUUCAAGUGAAACUUGUGCUGUUUCUGUUUGCUUCUGGUGCUGCACGCUGGAGGAAGACUUUUGAGACACAUGUUUGUCUCAGGGGAAUUACUGAAUGACUUGUAGAUAUGAUUGCUCGAAGUGAUCUAUCAGUCGU